AUGAACAGGACCUGGAAUGAGCUAGACUCCGCAAUGAAACUUAUCCUCGCAAAGGUUGUCCUCAGGCUGAAAGGUAUUCUAGAACGAAAUGGGAGGGUGGUCAAACCGUAUCUUUUCCAGGUUACCUGUGGAAGACCAACAUUGGCACGAACUCCACAACGGGAGAUAUUUACACUUUCAACGCUGCCACCAUCUAUAUAUGGCCACAAUGAAAUGGAAAAUGGAAUCUCACGGGUUAACCAUCACCAGAUGGAGGAUAGGAGGAACAGCAAGGAAUACGCGAAGCAUUUCGAGAGAAGCGAACCAGUGGAGGAGUGGGACGAUAGGCUGAAGCUGUAUGGUGUGAAAAUCAAGCCAUUAUAUCCGGCAGCAGUAGUUACAGGAAGGAAAAAAAUUCGACAUCAGAAUUUGGAGGAUCUUAUGGAGUUGAUUUAA